GUUAACUACAGCUCCACGUGUGAAACACGUUCAGAACACGUUUGGAGAAUCGCGAAAUGCAACAGACCGGAAUCAAAACAGAAAUCCAGUACCGUAUCACGUGGUCGUAAUUUUUGGAAUUGGAAAGCCCGGUGGAAGCGAUGGAUCGCCAAGGGGAAAGAAAGUGUGAAGGAACGGCAAACAUCAAACAAGCAUAAAUAGACCAAGCCGUUUAGAUGCACGACGGGAAUCAAGGCAAUGCAACAAUUCAAGGCCAUUUAUUUUCAUCCACUAACCACUCUCCACGACGAACACUUGUCUUGCAGAAGCAACGUCAAGCAACAUCGACAAAUCAUGCAGGUGGUGUUAUGAUGGUGUUAUGACCCCGACCUCCUCAAAAGCAACGAGCUUUGCGCUUACAGCCCUAUUUCAUUGCUCCAAAUUUGACAUGCUCGGCAAAUCCUUCAAGCAGAAUGGUCAGAAAUUCAGAAUAAGGAACCCCUGAAACGCUCAACAGCCGCAAAUAUCCCCACACACGCAGAUCCCCUUCGCUAAGGAAGAUCACCAUAGGCCAAGAUACCUGAGUCGCUGCAGGAUUCCAUUUACGGACAUUAACAUGCCGUGCUGUGGGCGGGUUCAGUUAGGGAGGCAGCGGAGGCUGGGAGGUCUCUUUGGGCGAUCUGUGAGUUGUGGAUGAUGGUUCUCGUCCCGAGCAGGCGCAAGGAUGGAAGUUUCAUAGCCUUUCCUCUUGGAAAUCAGCGAUACGAGUGGGAGACCUCAAGGAGUGCGGCCCAGCAAAUUGCCAUGUCAUCCAUUUCCUUCUUUUAUACCUCACCGUCGCUGUUGUUUUUGGUCCUUUAAGCUUGAUCACCAAGCGUACUUUCGUUGAUUAACCAACUUACUCUCGUUUCGCUGUCCCCAUUUCUACCACAGCCCAAAGUCUUGACUCUGUCACAUUCAGGUGACCAAUAUGCAUUCCUUUACCUCCGUGGCCAUCAUGGCCUGCGGGCUUAAUACUGCUCUUGCCGGAGUACUAGACUUUCCACUAUCCAGACGGGCAGUCUCACCAGACAAUACUUGCGGAACGAAAGGAACUGGAGGAACGCCCAACGCUUAUACAUGUCCUACCGAACUUCCAUGUUGCUCAUCGAAUGGAUUCUGCGGUUCCACAGAUGCCUAUUGCCUCGUUGGAGGAGGUUGUCAAAGUCCAUUUGGAACAUGCAAGACACCAGAAGCUGAAUCACCACCACCUACUACACCCAGUGGUGGAGAGUGCGGUCCAGGAAAAGGAAGUUGCGGCCCGACGGAGUGUUGUUCUGGUGCUGGAUUUUGUGGCACUGGUUUAGGUACUUUUUCACUUUGGUUCCCUCCAGCACUGAUGCUGAUAAACUUGAAGAUUUUUGCCAAGCUCCUGACUGUCAAUUCAACUUUGGGCCUGCUUGUGAUGCCAAUGCCCUCCCAACCGGCACCAAUACUUCCUCAAUUCCUCGACCUAAAGCAGGAAAUGUUCUUUACGGAUCAGCAGGCAUUUACGACUGCACGGAAACAGGUACAAUGGCUCUUACUUUUGAUGACGGACCGUACAUCUACACCGAACGUGUUUUGGAUUUGUUAAAACAAUACAACGCUAAGGCAACUUUCUUCGUUACUGGAAACAACAUUGGUAUGUUUAACACAUAGUGAAAGUAGAAAAUAGAGAAGACUAACAAGUGCGAUUAUAGGCAAGGGAGCAAUCGACGAUCCAUCCACACCCUGGCCAGGCCUCCUCAAGUAAGUUCUGGAGCCCCCUUUCCUCCAACUUGGAACUUAGCUCAAUAAUUUCUCUAGACGUAUGUUUGAAGAAGGUCAUCAAAUCGCAUCUCACUCCUGGUCGCAUGCUGAUCUUUGCAACAUCACUUCUGCGGAACGCAAAAACGAGAUGUACAAGCUCGAAAUGGCAGUCAGAAAUGUCGUCGGUGUAAUCCCCACCUACAUGAGACCUCCAUAUUCCAGCUGUAACGCUGGUAAGUUCAUCCCCUAGACCUCGCAACCAAGCAUAAAACUCACAUAUAACAGAAUGUGGAUGUGAAGCAGACAUGGAAGAACUAGGCUACCACAUCACCUAUUUCGUAAGCUCAGAUCCCCCAGAUACCAAUCCACAAAAUCCACUAACACAUCACUUAGGACCUCGAUACAUCAGACUAUCUCAACAACACCCCAGAACUCAUCCAGAACGCCAAGAAUCUCUUCGAUCAACCACUCGAAGGGAAGUCCCCCGCCACCAAUGAAUUCCUGCUCAUCGCCCACGACAUCCAUAACACGACCGCCGAAGUUCUCACAGAAUACAUGCUGCAAGGUAUCGCCGCCAGAGGCUACAGACCCGUAACCGUAGGCACCUGUCUUGGAGAUGACCAGGCGAAUUGGUAUAGAGCUGACGCCACUACUCCUCCUGCCCCUGCCAAAUGAGGCGGAGUUUGAAUUUCGAGAUUGUUUUUUGGGCGAGGGCGUUAUUUCUUGUGGGAGAAAAAUUUAGGGGAAAUUGUGUAAGAUUACAGUACUACUAUUAGGGAGCCUUUUGAAAAUCGGAUUUUGGUUGGAGAGCACUGCCCUAUGUGGGAAUCAAACCAGAUGGAUGGGAAAAGCUCGCUAUCUCGUUUUAAUAAGAGGGCGGAGGGGACAUUCAUACUUAAAUAUGUUUGCGAAUAUCAAAAUAUCGAUAAAAAUU